AUGGUGUGGAGUAGGUCAGAAGAGCACAAAAGUUUUUUCAACGAGCUUGAAGGGGCAAGUUUCAAAGUUAUUGCACAAACAGAAGAUAUGAUCGAAAUUUCAUUCAUGAGAACAUGGAAUUCCUACGAUAGUUACUCUUACCCCUUGAAUGUCGAUAUAAGGUAUAUAAUGUUGCGCGGAAGCUCUGGUUUCUAUUCAUAUGCAAUAAUGGAACAUUUAGAAGGAUGGCCCGAUUUAAAUAUUGAUGAAAUGAGGACUACUUUCAAACUGACGAUGCCAUAUGACAUACAAAGGAUUAUGCCAACAGCUCGUGAUCGUGCAGGAGGCCAAGUUCUCAAAUAUAGAGAAGCCGUUUUGCUGACAAAUCCAAGCAAUCCAUCCCUCAAAGGCGAGGUGGAUGACAAGUACCAGUACUCGUGUGACAACAAGGAUAGCUUAGUGCACGGGUGGAUUAGCACUGACCAUGACAUUGGAUUUUGGGUGAUUACACCGAGCAAUGAGUUCCGUGCUGGUGGCCCAGUGAAAAUUGAUCUUACAUCUCAUGUUGGUCCGACUUCUUUAGCUGUAAGUAGAUCUGUUCCGGUUCAAGUAACAAGCUUUGGAAUUAGAUUACGCAAUGGAGACCCGUGGAAAAAGGUCUUCGGGCCUGUUUUUAUAUACCUCAACUCAGGUUCAAGUAACAAGCCAAGGACACUUUGGGAAGAUGCUAAAGCACAAAUGCAAAAAGAAACCCAAAAGUGGCCAUAUGAUUUUCCAAGUUCAGAAGACUACCCUCAGGCCAAUCAACGGGGCACCAUUAGUGGUCGAUUAUUAGUUCGUGACCGAUAUCUCAGUCGAGAAUUAAUGCCUGCAAAAUCAGCAUAUGUGGGAUUGGCUCCACCAGGGGAUGUGGGAUCUUGGCAAACAGACGUUAAGGGUUAUCAAUUUUGGGAUCAAACUGAUGAAAAUGGUUACUUCACGAUAAGUGGCGUUCGAGGAGGUACUUACAGCUUGAAUGCUUGGGUCGCAGGAGUGAUGGGGGACUACAAACAUGAGACUGAUAUUGUCGUCAUGCCAGGUUUUAAUCUCAAUGCCUACUGA